GAAUCCAAUUUUUACAAGAGCGAGUUUGUAUCCCCUGGCUGCAGUUCGCGUACAACCCGCCCGCGAAUUGUUUACAGUGUUCGUAAUGUUUUUGUUGGGUUUUCUUAAAUCACAUUCGGUUCUUGUGUAAGCUUAGAAACGUGUGAAUCGUGCCGUGCUGUGCGAAAGAUCGCGUCGGGCAAUUCCCGAGGGUACUUUUGGUGUGAAGUGUGUCAGUGAAAGGACGAAGGGUGUCACGUAAGUGUGUGCCGAGCCCUCGGGAGGACUCGUCAGAAAAUCGCAAGGACUUUCAUGGGAAAAGAGAGAGAGAGAGAGCGCCAGAAAUAAAGAAAAAAUAUAAAUAGCAACGAAAAAUAUUAUUCAAUAUUUUGUGGCUAUUGCUUCUCGACGAACUUCUCUAGUUAACCGAAAAAACGCGACAAAAAAGAAAAUAAUAAAAAGGCAAAGCCAGUUAUAACAAAAUCCAUCGACGAACUGUUAGCAUGUUUAGGGAAACGAAAGAGAAACAUGGUCCCGGUGUAAAGGGAACAAGUCUAUCGGUUGUAACUGACCUCUGCUCUCGCAGAAGAAGUGCGUAGAGGUUAAGUAACAAGGACCCGUGACGCGGUCUACAGUCCAAAAAGCUUCUCCGUGCUUUCAGAGACUUCGUAUGUGUUACUAUCGCCAAAUAAUCUCUCGUGGACUGAUUUCGUAAAGCCUGUUAAGUUCGUUAUCCUGGCGAAACCGUUGGUUGCGCUGGGUUUAGCCCAGCGCUCGAGCCGUCACGCAAUGUGUCCCUCCUGUUGAUUUGUGUUAGAUGUAAGAGAGCAAAAAAAAAUGAGAGAGAGAAGCAGCUCCGAGAGCUGAAAGCCAAGGCGCCAGGGCGCGUCACGUAGGGGCUUUAAUUGAAAGUUCUCGGGACAGUCAUGGACCUUACGCUCGACUCGGAAUCCCCGAACUAUCCUUGCCAUAAACUAUCUAGUCCCUUGCUACCGCGCUGUUAUCGUGUAAAAUGUACGAGAAAUGCUAUGACACGUCGUGCCUCCGGGUGCAGUAUUCCUGCGCGGCCGCAGGCGGCGCGGGUAAUAACUGCCAUUCUCUGUUUUCUUUGCGUUACAGGCAAACGCCUGAUCUGCACGAGACGAGCGGUCCAGACGACUGAUAAUGGGCAGCAACACCGACGGGGACAAUGCAAACGUCAGCGGUGGCGAAAACGACAUCGGCGACGAACUGAAAAUCGGCGCGGACGAGACGUACGACACGCGCAGCGAGGUCUCUUCGAGCAGCUCCAACUCGGACUCCUCUCAUCCCACCAUCAGCACGGUCUCGAGUACGUCCUCGCGGGGCGACAACAAGCGCAGCAAGAGAAGCAGGGGCAAGAGAGCGAGAUCCAGAGACACGAAGUCGUCUAGUCCAGAGCCAAAACGAGCAAGAUCCAAGGAGAGCAAAGGCACAACCAAGAGUUACGAUUACACCACCAAGUUGAAUUACUUGUUUAGAGAUGCAAGAUUUUUUAUCAUCAAGUCCAACAACGCGGAGAAUGUAACAUUGUCGAAGGCCAAGGGUGUAUGGAGUACAUUGCCUCAGAAUGAAGCAAAUCUGAACCAAGCCUACAGGGAAUCACGAAAUGUUUUGCUGAUAUUUUCUGUGAAGGAAUCGGGGAAGUUUGCCGGCUUCGCGAGACUUAGCACAGAGUCGAGAAGAGACGGUGCCCCGAUCUCUUGGGUUUUGCCUCCCGGCUUAUCUGCAAAGGCCCUAGGCGGUGUGUUUAAAGUUGACUGGAUCUGCAGGAAAGAAUUACCAUUUACAGCCACGUUGCAUUUGUACAAUCCUUGGAAUGAUGGUAAGCAAGUCAAGAUCGGUCGCGAUGGCCAAGAAAUCGAACCCAGAGUCGCCGAGGAAUUGUGCAGAUUAUUUCCGGAAGAUGAAGGAAUCGAAAUGACGCCUAUUCUGCGAAAAUCCAAGGAAGCGAGCAAACACGUGACAAAGUCGUCGCGUUAUCGUGAUAACAAACCUAUAAGAUUUUUUCGAAGAGGCGGUGGCAGAAGCCGCCGAUUAUUUUUAACUUCGAGGUCACGUUUAGCUUCACUGGCUAGAAGUUCCCAUGGAAUAGCAGGGGAUCACAGAAGUUCUAGGGAUCAUCCUCAUCGGUACACGCCAUGGUUUAGUCGAGGAGAUUCCCCUUACACGAAAGGCUAUGGAACUGGUCUUGGUGUUGCUGCGGUUGCGGAAGCUUAUGUAGCAGAUUACAUGCGUACCAUGCAACAUCAGUUGCCUCCAUUGCCUCCUUAUGGUGCUCCACACCCAUAUGAUACUUUGCCACCACCUCCCCCACCUCCAAGAUACUACGAUGGCUUGCCACUGCCUCCGGAUUAUAGUACGACUACAUCAGCAUUAGAUAAGCGCUACGAAAGGAGCGUCGACGAAUUUCUGUGGAGAACAGCUAGCCGCCAUAGUCGGCACAGUGAUCAUCGUUCAUCACGCGACUAUCAUCACAGAUACAGAGAUCGCAGAUAAAAAUUUAAUCUAUGUUUUUUAUUGACUCGCCGAUUCCCAGAUUGCGUCUUGUAUCAAUAUUAAAUCGACGAUAAAUUAGUUUAUUGUUCAUCAUAUGAGAGGUAGUUUAACAAAUAAAUAACACUUUUAAAAA